CUACUCACUCUACAUUCUGCAUUCACAUUUCAUUCUCAUUUAAUGAAUAUACUUACAAAAGCCUCGAAAGGGCUCAUACCCGCCUCUCGACCCAAUGUACUGCCGUUGGUAGCAUUGACGACGUCAAAAACAGAAAAGACAUUUACCUUUCAUACCUCUGCUUCACAAGACAGUCGAUCGUCUCAUCAUUCCUCCAAGAAUCAUUAUGAACAACUUGGCUUGAGGAAGGACGCUACCAAACAGGAAAUCAAAUCUCAAUUUUAUAAGCUCUCCAAGCUCCACCACCCGGACAAAAACGACUCUGCAGAGUCUCGCAAGCAGUUCUUGUCAAUCAAUGAAGCCUAUUCUGUCUUGGGGAACGAGCGUCAACGACGAGACUAUGACCUCACUUUACUCGACGGAUCUGGAUCCCUUUAUUCCUCUUCUUCUUCCUCAGAAAGGGACACCCCCAAUCGUGGAACGCUUAGGAGAACUCCAUUCCGACAUUCUGCUCACUCUGCAGCUGCAGCUGCGGCUGCAAGGGCCCAUGCUGCAACUAGAGCCAAGUUUAAUGAUUUAAAUCAACAGCAACACCAUCAUGGACCCGUACCACAUUUUGAUUCAAAAUCUCAUCAAGAGAUGCACCAUGAACAAGAUAUUCGACGAGAGGAACGAAGACAGGCUAGGGAACGUGCCAAGGCUGAACAAAAGAAGGCUGAAGGGUCAGCUGCUGGAUCUGGAAUAUUUUUGAGAACCACACUAAUACUCGUGGCCAUCAUAAUGGGCUCGUCCUUAUCCAAGGUCUUUGCAGAUGAAAUCGAACAACAGGAUAAAGAAGCUCAGUCAACUUUGCCACCAUCAUAUUCUACUACGACUACGACUACCUCUGCAAUUCAGUCUUCGGUUGGUCGUCGCUUGCAGCAUUAUGGCCAUCAAUCUGCUCCAAGGGCUUUUAACCAAAGAGAAAAUGAUGAGGAUAAUAUUGAAUCGCCUUUGAAAUAUUUGUCCUCGUCAACAAUGUCUUCAAGUUGAAUCAUAUUCCACACAAAUUAUAAAAGAGUAGAUUUAUUAAGUAUAUAUAUGAUACAUAGAAACCUGAGUGUGAUCGCAAUAGUUGAGGAAAGCAAAAAAUGAAAAAGAAAGAAAGAAAGAAAGAAAAAGGCUU